AUACAUACCAGACGAAGGGCUCAGUACCAAUAUCAAGCCGGGUUGACCUAACCAUAAAUCCACGAAACAUGGCCGCCACGAUACCAGUUGCCCUCAUCCUGGGAGCAGGACCAAAUAUUGGCCAGACAGUAGCUCAGAUCUUUGCUUCGAAAGGCUACAAGGUUGCUCUCGCUUCACGGUCACUAAACGAGGGAGAAAGUACAGACAAUCAACUGAACAUCAAGAGUGACUUCUCCAAGCCUGAUGAUGUUGUCAACGCAUUCACAAAGGUGAACACGGUGUUUGGAAUUCCAAGUGUCGUUGUCUACAAUGUCAGCGCUUCAACCUUCACUCCUGCCAAGGAGCCGUUUGCUCUUCAACUGGACGAUCUCAAACGAGACUUGAAUAUCAACGUUAUUAGUGCAUACGUUGCGGCGCAGCAAGCCGUCUCCGGAUUCUCCAAGCUUCCAAAUUCUGCUUCCAAGACGUUUAUCUACACUGGAAAUAUCCUCAACGUCAAUAUUCUCCCAGCGUUCAUUGACCAAGGCAUGGGGAAAUCCGCAGGAGCACAUAUGAUCUGGGCUGCAGCAGCUGCGUACAAAGACCGUGGAUACAAAUUUUACUAUGCCGACGAAAGAAAGACGGACGGGUCACCAAUUUACAGGGUCAGCGGAGAGGCACAUGCAAAACACUACUGGGAGCUUGCGGAGCAUAACUCGCAGGGUCCCUGGUUACAAACAUUCGUCAAUGGUGCGGGAUACACGAAUUUUGACAAUCCUCAUGAGUCCUCUCUUUGAGGAAUUUGAGUGUUGUCACUUGAUUAUAUCACCGGCAGAACCAUGUAGAGUACCGCUAGCGCAGUGACUUGUGAGUCGUACCGACUCAUGCUCACCUCUAUAUUUUAGAUCUUUCUCCAUGGC